AUGACAACUGCAAACUCUCGAGUGCGUCUAAUCUUCAUUCGUCAUGGACAAUCAGAAGCAAAUAAAGUGUUCGAACUUAUCUGCGGUCAAAGCAAACGUUUAAAAUAUCAAAAGUUGAACUUUGAUUACAUUCUUUGUUCAACUGCCAUGCGUGCAAAACAAACAGCGGAACUUGCUUUGAAGCUAACAGAUAUGGAUCUGUCGAAAUUAGUUCUAUCGGAUGCACUUUUAGAACAAUCGCAAGGUGAUUGGGAAGGAAAGAAUCGAUAUUUAUGUUAUUCCGCCGAUAUUAUGACACAAAUGAAUGAUUUACACAUUGAAUUUACUCCGCCGAAUGGCGAAUCGAUUCGAAUGGUUCAGAAACGUGCAGUUAAUUUUCUCAAACCAUACAUUGAGCAAGCCAAGCAACGAAGUAUCGAAGAAACAAGAGAAAUAUCCAUUGCGAUAUUUGGACAUGCUAACUGUAUACGAUCUAUUAUACAAUAUUAUUUAGAAUUAAAUCCCAAAUAUACGUGGCUUAUUGGACAACAAAAUACAGCCAUGUCCGAAAUUUUAUUUAACGAACAUGGAACAGCGUUAGUUAAAGUGAACGAUGCUGCUCAUUUAACAUUUCCUAUUCCUGGUUCUUCCGAAGAGAACUGA